GGAAGGGCUGCGCGGUAGUGGGCGGGGCCUGGGCGACCCGGGCCUCCGGGACCGCUGGCCGUUCUUGAGGCUGUCGUCAUGGUGGGCCCCUUGGUUUACUUAGCGGCCGCGGUUCUGUUGAUCGCUCUCAUCCUCUUCCUGACUCGCCGCCGGGGUCGGGCGGCCGCAGCUAGUCAAGAACUACGGCACAAUGAGGAGCCAGUAGCAGCAGGCCAAGUGGGCCAGUCUUGGCCUCUGGAGUCUGAGGAGCAGAGAGCUGGAGGCAGGCCGCGGCGCCGGAGGGACCUAGGCAGCCGCCUACAGGCCCAGCGACGAGCCCAACGAGUCACCUGGGCAGAAGUGGAUGAGAAUGAGGCGGAAACUGCUAUCCCAGCCCAGGAGGAAGAAGGUGUUGAAAAGCCAGUGGAAACUCAGCCAACAGGGAAAAUUGGAGCCAAGAAACUACGGAAGCUAGAGGAGAAACAAGCUCGAAAAGCUCAGCGUGAGGCAGAGGAAGCUGAACGUGAGGAACGUAAACGCCUGGAAUCCCAACGUGAGGCAGAAUGGAAGAAGGAAGAGGAGCGGCUUCGCCUGAAGGAGGAACAAAAGGAGGAGGAGGAAAGAAAGGCCCGGGAGGAGCAGGCCCGGCGGGAGCACGAAGAGUACCUGAAACUGAAGGAAGCCUUUGUGAUAGAAGAGGAGGGUGUGAGCGAAACCAUGACUGAGGAGCAGUCCCAUAGCUUUCUGACAGAAUUCAUCAACUACAUUAAGCAGUCCAAGGUUGUGCUUUUGGAAGAUCUGGCUUCCCAGGUGGGCCUACGGACUCAGGACACCAUAAACCGUAUCCAGAACCUGCUGGCUGAGGGGACUCUAACAGGUGUGAUUGACGACCGGGGCAAGUUCAUCUACAUAACCCCAGAGGAACUGGCUGCGGUGGCAAAUUUCAUCCGACAGCGGGGCCGGGUGUCCAUCACUGAGCUUGCCCAGGCAAGCAACUCCCUCAUCGCCUGGGGCCGGGACCUCCCAGCCCAGGCCUCAGUCUGACUCCAGCCGUUCCCUCUUGGAUGUGUGAUGUUGCCUACAUACAUUAUCAUCCUUCCCUGCCAUCCCGGGGUAUGGAUGGAAUGUGACCAGGAAGUUGUGGAUUAAAGGCCUGUGAGCACUGCUGA